AUGCCGCGAGUAUCACUGUCAAUUGGUGGAAAACCAUUUCUUUGGAAUUUUUUCGGUAACAAUAAUGUGGAUAAGGAUAUAGAUGAGACUUCGAGGGAAAUAGAUGAAAGUUCUCCGGCAUAUGAAAGACUAAAUUGGUCAACUAGUGAUUGGAUUACAAAACACAACUAUACAUUGGAACACCACCACGUCGUAACAACAGAUGGUUACAAUUUAACAUUACAUCGUUUGCCAAGACCAGGACAUCGUCCUAUAUUAUUAAUACAUGGUUUGUUAACCUCCUCCCUGGCCUGGGUUAUUAUGGGUCCUGCGAAAAGUUUAGCCUUUCAGCUGUUUAACAAUUACUAUGAUGUUUGGUUGGCCAAUAUGCGUGGCUCUCCUUGGUCGCGCAAUCAUUCACGUUUCACUGUUGACGAUAGUGAUUUUUGGAGUUUUAGUUUUCACGAAUGGGGUCGCUAUGAUCUGCCAGCCAUUGUUGACCACAUACGUAAUGAAUCAUCGUUUCAACAAGUUUUACUAAUUGGUCAUUCACAGGCCUUAAAUGCUAUUUUGGUAAUGUGUUCGCUGCUGCCACAGUAUAAUGAACGUUUACAGUUUAUUCAGGCUCUGGCGCCAAUAGUAUCUCUAAGGGGCCAAGUUAAAUUUAGCAGUGAAGAUGUUAGAAAAAUUAUGAAAUUUAUAAAGAACAAAUCCAAAUCCCAGGAAUAUGAAUUGUUACCCAGAAAAUUUAUGCUGGAGAAAUGUGUAAAAUCUUCCCAAAGAAAGGAGUGUGAUAGAUGGCUACAUUUACUAGCGGGUAGUGGACAACAAGACAAGCUUUCAAAUACUCUUUUAUAUGGCCAACUACUGCAGGGAGCUUCCCUUAAGGAAAUACGUCAUUUACAGCAAAUCUGGAAAUCGGGAGACUUUGUGGCCUAUGAUUAUGAAUCGGGAGGAAAUUUAAACUACUAUCACUCAGUAGAACCUUUAAAUUAUGAUCUUAAAAAGGUAACGGUGCCCAUGGUUUUGUAUUUCGGAGAAACAGAUGCUUUAGCCACAGCCGAGGGUGUCCAUCAUAUUUAUGCCCAUUUAAUGGAGGGCAUUAAAGGAGUCUAUCGCAUAGCAGCCGCCAAAUUUAAUCAUUUAGACUUUUUCAUUUCUGCUGACGUUAAAUCUUUGCUAAAUAAUCGUUUGCUGGAAGAUCUAGAUAAGUUUUUGAAACAUCAACUUAAAUACGUUAUCGAAUAAAAGAUCUGGUCAACAGCAUUGACAUAAUA